GCACCGUCGCGAUCACACGUUAUUACGGCUGCUCAACGUCGGCCACACGCGCGUAUUUUGAACGUAGUGCACGAUACACCGUGACCGGUUGUACCGUGGAUGAGCGCGACCAGUGACACCUUUAGUGCUUUGUGACUUAGUGAAACUCAGUGCAGACAUGUGCCAGUAAUGGAUUACUCUGCCGUCGUUUACUGACGGGCCCAGGAUCCCGUAUAUGCCCAGGCGCCGGUAGAGGACGCGCCAAUAUGCGCGCCCCCACGGUGCUCCUAGCCCUGCUAGGGUUUCUGCCCCAGGUGCUGUCAUCUGGUUCUUUCGAGCUUAGGAUAAAAAGUUUCACGAACUCAUUGGGUAGAUUAAGUAGUGGCCAGUGCUGUGAUGGUUCCUCAAAUAGUGAUGCGCCUUGUUUGGCGCCGUGCAGGACUAAAUUUCGUGUGUGCCUCAAGAUAUAUCAAGCUAAUAUCGAUACGACAUCACCGUGUACUUUCGGUGACAUCACUACACCUGUUUUGGGUGGGAACUCUUUGGAUGUUCCCAACCUUAACGUACAAGGGUUCAGCAAUCCCAUCGUGUUCCCUUUUGACUUCACGUGGCCGGGCACCUUCUCGCUCAUAGUCGAAGCGUGGCACGACACAAACGAGACUUCAAGAUCUGAUGAUACGCUUAUCGCGCGGAUGACGAAACAGAGUAUAGCUGAUGUCGGUGGCCCCUGGAGCGAAGAAGAACAAAGGUGGGGUGCUGCUGGGGGCGCUCACUUAAGGCUGUCUUACCGGGUGACCUGUGCCGCUCAUUACUACGGGCCUGGCUGUGAAGUUCUUUGUCGGCCGAGAGAUGAUGGCUUCGGGCAUUACACCUGCUCACCGACGGGAGAGAUCGUUUGCAGGCCAGGAUGGACUGGAGACUAUUGCUCGAAACCGAGAUGCUUGCCCGGCUGCGACGCGGAGCAUGGCCACUGCCUCAAGCCUGACGAAUGCAUUUGUCAUUCGGGCUGGGUGGGCGAAUUCUGCGAUCAGUGCGAGCGACAUCCCGGAUGCGUGCACGGCACCUGCUCCAAGCCCUGGGACUGCAUCUGUGAGGAGGGUUGGGGCGGGCUCUUCUGCAAUCAAGACCUCAACUAUUGUACGAAUCACCGGCCCUGCAGAAAUGGAGGAACAUGCCACAACACAGGACAAGGCAGCUACACUUGUGUUUGUCCACCUGAAUACACAGGAUCUGAUUGCGAGAAGUCUUUACAUUCUUGCGCGGUGAGAUCCUGCCUCAACGGAGGGGCAUGUGUGCCCGAUGAGGGAGGAGAACUGUCUUGCGCUUGCCCGUCUGGUUACGAAGGAGCGCGCUGUGAAACGAGAAGACUGACCUGUGCCGACCAACCUUGCCGAAACGGUGGAACCUGUGAGCUACGGCCUUCUGGGUACGUUUGCCAAUGUCCAUCUGGAUACACGGGCCUCGAUUGUGGGGUAGAAGCCGAUCCGUGUGCCGCCAACCCCUGUCGAAACGGUGCGACGUGUAAUCGAGCUGGAGAUGGGUUCCGGUGCUCGUGUAAACCCGGCUUCAGAGGAAACAGAUGCGAAAUAGAUAUAGACGACUGCACCGGAAUCAUCUGCGAACACGGCGGCACUUGUGUGGAUUUAGUCAACGGGCAAAGAUGUCAGUGUGCACCAGGUUUCUUAGGACCUAGAUGUGAGACGCGGGUGGACUUUUGCCUCGCGAAACCCUGCGCCAACGGCGGCGAAUGUCUCGUGCUCGAUAACGAUUAUGAAUGCCGAUGUCGUCCCGGCUUUGCCGGAAAAGACUGUAGCAUAGACAUAGAUGAGUGCGCUUCUUCCCCAUGCAGAAAUGGUGGUACCUGUCGUGACAGAGUAGAUGGCUACCACUGCAACUGCCCGCCUGGGUGGGGCGGAAAAUCUUGCACUGUGUCACUGGCGGACUUUGCAGCCAAACCGGCCGGGGGUCACUUAAGAAGAGUGGGUGACGAAACUUUAGAGGAAGAAACUCUGUCUGGGAGUCACGUGGCGUUGAUAGCGGCGCUGUCGGCAGCAGUGCCGGCAGCGGCUUUAGCCGCCGCUAUCGCAGUAGCGUGUAUCAGGAGGCGGAGAAAACGCGCACAAAACGCGGCCGACGCAGAGGCGCGAGCCCAAAACACGGCGAACGCUGGCAACGGCGGUCGCGUUAUUAGAAAUACAUGGGGGAAAUGUGAGGGGCCAGUACCUGAGUGCCAGAAUGCGCACAACGCUGCGGCGGAGGAGUGCAAGAGGAAGACACUCAACACGGAGAGCGCAGCGCGGCUCUUGGCCGCACUUGACCCGCGACUCUCGCGGCUCUCCGCCGACUCGGCGUAUUGCGCUAAUAGCGAUACGUCUCUGGUGAAGCGCGCGCUGGAAGGCGGGGGGGUGUACGUCUUGGACGAGCACUGUCUGCCGCCGACGUUCGCGACGCAAGUGUAGUGCUAACUAAAGUGGACAUUAACUUAUUUAUUGAAAUCGGACGCUCGUGCGAUCAAGGCUGUGCGCCGCGUGUACAUAUAGCGUUAAAUGUAAAGUGACCCCUGUAUAAACGGCUAGUUAAGUUCGGAUGUAUUUAUUUUACGAUCCUACGCCCUGUAAAUAGUAAUGGCGGAACGGAUUGUUGCCCGUUAGCGGCGAGCGGCGCUGAGGCGCGGGACCGCGCGCGCCGCGGGCUGGUGGCAGCGACCACUGUUUGCGAUCUCUGUAGGUAACGUGAACGCCGGCGGUUGGUCCGCCGCAAGGCGCCGCGUACGGACUGCACUCGCUACCCUUACCGGUGUCUGUCGAUAUAUCUGCGAUAUAUUCUUUUUUACUGUUCUCUAUUCUCUCGCUUCAUCCCUGCCACCCCUCUCGGUGAUAGGGACGAGACGACCUUUCGUGUUUACGUUCGGUAAGUUUUAAGAGUAAUGAGUGCAAUGCGUACGAUAUUCACACUCCGCUGUCCCUUCUCUAGACUCGCACCAGUAUAGAAACCAAACCGUGCGUUAUUUUAGACAAUUUUAUGUAAACGCGAAACACGCGCUCUUUUUAUAUUGAUUAUGUGAUUUUGACUAAUUGUUGUCAUUGUUCCUAUGAUUAUGAUAUGUUUUAAAAAUCUUGUUCAGGUUUUAUUGAAAAUCGACACAGAUUUUUCUCACUUCAGUUGUACCUUAUUUUUCGGAAUAUAGGUCAAAACGUUCCUUUUAUUCGAGCGCUAUUUUCGCGCUCUCCAAGUAAAUUUUUGACACUUAGAGGGCGCGAUAGUCGCGUUCGAACCUCACAACAGCGCACGUAUUUAGUCCAUAGGUUUAAAAUAAUUUGAGUACUUAUAAGAAUGUCGAAACCUAAGUCAUUGUGUAUAAAAAAGUUAUUAAGUUGUAGCUAUUAAGUAUAUCUCCAUUUUGUAAGAAUACUGUGACAAUAUAAUGAUGUAAUUAGGCAACAUACGACCCAAUAUUGAAAGUUGUUAACUUAUUUAUUUAAAUAGCUAUGGUACAUCGCAUGCGAGCCGAAUCGAUUAUGUAUCGUGUGAGCUUUUCAUUUGCUUAUAGAAAGUGCGUUCAGAAAUGCACAGUCGAUGCGGCUUCAUGAGAUCUCGACUAUAACAGAGCGUUGCUGUUGUUUUUUAUUGAUUCUACACUCGCAUCCCAUAUUCCAUUAGAAUGUGCGAUGGGCGUCACAGAAUCGGCUAAAUGUGAAAAUAAUUUAUGUUAAAUCACCGUUUUAUAAAACUUUCUUGUAGAUAUUGUUUUGUACGAUAGUUGUUACCUCUUAUGUUGCCUUUUGUACUCGAAUGUAGAUUUAAUCAAGGUUAGAAUCGACAAAAUUGUAAAAUUUAUAUCAAACUAUGAAUAGACUGAUGAUCAAUAAUAAUGUUCUUGUAUUUAAUUUUGUAAGGUGACAAAAUGUAAUGAUAAAUUAUGAGAAAAUAAGCGCUGCUAUAUAAUAUACCUAGUGUACUUAAACAUUGAUUACAGUGAAAGACUUUCAUUUUUCUUUUUUAUCAUUUUGUGUUAAUUGAUGAAAUGACAGUAUUUUAAUUUAUUUAUUGGAACGGUUAACGAUUAUAUUGAUUUUCUAAUUAAUAUCCAUAUAUUUUUUGAUUAUUUACGAUUGACUGACAGAAAUGUCUCGUUGAUUUUGGACCACAUUUACUGAGUCAUGAAUGCAUUUAAAAUGUGAGUAUACUGAAAGAAUUUGAAAAAUAAUAUCAUUCCAUUUCUCAUUAGGGACUUCUAAAUAUAUAUCUUUUGUAAUAUUUUUUAUAAUUGUCUGUAUUUUUCUAAGAUUAUUUUGCAUGCAAAUCUCGUGAUUCACGAUAAUUGUAAUCCUUUAUUUUUCUAAGUUUAGGUGAAGUACAAUAAAUUAUUCUAUUUUCUUCAACUUUUAGUAUAUUCACAUGUUUUUUGUUGUUUUCGAAAGAAAAAUGAAAGCAUGUAGAAGAUGAGAAGUAACAAAUAAUUCCAUAAAUAGAUCCUAUCACAAUAAAGUCAUAUUAUUGUAAUGCUAAUUACGGUGAUAUUUUUUGCCAGCGAGUGUAAGUGACGAAUGUGUAUUAUUAUGUGCAGUGAUGCAACGAGAAAUAAAAUGUUAAUAAACAAUUGUUUACAAAAGA